AUGGACUUGGAUUACUUACCACGCGUUACGACGCGAUUAAAACGUGAUAGCGAAGAUCUGCGCGUGUUGCUGGGAAGGGCUAGAAAUAUCCGCGCAGAUAAUGAAUUCAGUUUAUACGAAGUACAGACAGACCUCUACGACUGGCAUAAACAAAUUAAAGAAACUGACAGGAUUGUUACCGGAUGUCAUGACUCUGUUAUUUAUGAAACAGCAGAAAUCAUGUCCAGAAAACUAAGGUUUGGAAACCUGAUUGGGAAGGAUAGCCAUUUAAUUAGGCAAUGCGAAGAGAGUGAACACCAAGCUCAAGACGUUUUAGACAAGGCAAAUCGAGAAUAUCUUAAAUGGGAAGACCUUCACAGGAAAGCUAAGGAUGAUUUACAAAAAGCCACAGAGAAUCGCCGUCAAUACGAUGAUAGUGAAAGGACGUACUUGUUAGCCAUUUCUGCGUGUUUUUGCAUCGCUUUAAACCGUUUCGACGUUAUAAAUGCACGGGAACGAGUCACGCAAUGUCAAAACAAAGUAAAGAGACUUAAAACUCAAGCUAGAUUCAGCUCGAAAUAG